AAAUAACCUGCUUUUUGGUCCUGGUCACUAUCAACGUUAUUCGUAUCUUCGGUAUAUUCUUCUUUUCUCCUCUCUCUUAAAUAACAACGCCACUACUAGUACUACUGUCAACGACAACAAUAAUCACGCUAACUGCACACGCACUAUAAUAUGGACGCUGAAGAACCCGUAGUAUUCGAGUCCGGCCAUACCGCCUGGAUCAUGACUGCCAUGGCCCUGGUUUGGCUUAUGAUACCAGGCCUUGGUUAUUUCUACUCUGGUCUUGCUUCCCACAAGAACGCCUUAUCGCUCAUCAUGUAUGUCUUGGUAUGCAUGAUGGUAGCCUCUAUACAGUGGUUUGUAUGGGGCUACAGCUUGACAUUUUCUCUCGGCGGUAAUGCACUUCUCGGUAACCUCGACAACGCCUUCCUCCGUGGCCUCCUUGGCUAUCCUUCCGUCGGCAUGGACGCCAUCCCAGACUUGGUUUUCUGCAUCUACCAAUGUAUGUUCCAAUGUGUCACCGCAGCCCUUGUUGUCGGUGCUGUUGCUGAACGUGCCCGUAUCUUGCCCUUGAUGCUUUUCGUCUUUAUCUGGUCAACCCUCGUCUACAACUUCCUUGCCUACUGGACCUGGAACCCCAAUGGCUGGUGUUUCCAACUCGGUGGUCUCGAUUUUGCCGGUGGCACGCCCGUCCACAUUGGCUCCGGUUGCUCUGCACUUGCUUAUGCUCUUGUUUUGGGCAAACGUAUUGGCUAUGGUAAAGACGCUGACCCUGAACGUUUCAAGGCCCACAACAUGUCUAAUGUGGCUCUCGGCACUGCAUUGCUCUGGUUCGGUUGGUUCGGCUUCAAUGGAGGUUCGGUUUUGAGCAGUAAUGCACGUGUCGGUAUGGUCUGCAUUGUCACCAACUUGGCUGCUGCUGUCGGUGCCUUAACCUGGAUGAUCAUGGACUACCGUGUCGAGCGCAAAUUCUCUGCCCUUGGCUUCUGCUCUGGCGCUAUUGCCGGUUUGGUGGCUAUCACUCCCGCUGCCGGUUUCGUGGGCCCAGGACCUGCUGUCGCUAUUGGUUUCUUUGGUGGUUUCUUCUGUAACUUGUCCAUGUACACUAAGCGUUGGCUCGGAUUUGAUGACGCUUUGGAUGUGUUUUCCUUGCACGGUGUUGGUGGUUAUGUUGGCUGUAUCUUCACUGGUGUUUUCGCAGAAAGCUAUGUCGCUGCUAUUGAUGGUACCGAGAUUGACGGUGGUUGGUUAAACCAGAACUGGGUUCAGGUCGGCUAUCAAUUUGCUGAUGCCACAGCCGGUGCUGCCUGGGCGUUCUGUAUGACCUAUAUAAUUUUGUUUGUCAUGAACAAGAUCCCCGGUCUCGCUUUGCGUGUCUCAGAAGAGGAAGAAAUCCAAGGUCUCGAUGUCACCGAAAUCGGUGAGAGCGCCUACGUCUAUGUCAACAAGUUGAUCUCUGUCGACUCCAAGACUGGUGUCCAAACCACUGUCCGUGAAGAAAUCAAGCAGGUCAACGUUGGAGAGCACGGUUCCGUGCAUACCACCGAUAAGGUUGAAGUUACUCUCAACGGCGCGUAAUUUUCUUCCUUCAGUCCUCAUUAUUACAUGCAUUCUCUCCUUAUCUCCAUUUGCAACCAUCAACUUAUAUCCGCUUAUAUCAUGUACAACGUUAAUAUCAUAUACAACUGCCCUCACAUAUAUUAUUAAAUGAUUACGCUUACUAUUCAAAAAAGCCUGUUAUAACUUCAGUGUUUGUGGUUGUCUUUAGGUUUUACCUUGGGUACACGUUUUAUUAAAUGAAUCCGAACAAUCGGCUAUGUCAUUUAUAUGUAGCUGUUGAGAG